AGUUUAAAAAAAUUAAAAUUAAAAUUAAAAAUCUGAAGCAUGCAUCAUUGCAUCGUUUAAUAUUAUGAUUAUUCUUAUUGUUAUUGUUACAUGCAUGCAUGCGAUCUAAGCUUUUCUUUUCGUGCACAACAAGCUUACACGAGCUGAACGAUCAUAGCCAUGGUGCAUCUUCUCCAAACAUUCAACAGCAACAACAACCACAACGCCACGAAAUCCAAUUUCUUCAUCAUUUUCUCGCAAACAAACACAGCCACUACCUGAGUCCCCUCCAUUUCCUUUGCAUCCAAACAUCGACUUCCGAUUCGACAGAAAAUUCCAUAAGAUUUCAAGAUUUCACGGCCAAAAUAUAAUUAUCUCGAAUCUGGAAAUCUGUAAUUGGACAUUUUCGUUUGAAUCUGGAAUUGAGAAUCUGAGAAGCUAUUUUUGGAGAUCUAGAGCUUCUGAAUCGAAGGAAUUAGGGCUUCUUCUCGAAGCUCUCCGAACUCAGCGUCAAUGGUGUCGUGGAGAGAGUGGAGGCGAGCGCGUUGGUGAAACGGCAUUCGAUUUUGAUGGGUAACAAUUGUGUGGGACCCAACAUCAGCGGCGGAAACAGCUUCCUCCAAUCCGUCACGGCGGCGGUAUGGAAAACACGCCAGCCGGAGCCCAGGCUUCCGCCGCCGAAUGCCGGUGACAAUAGCAAUUCUCACGCGCCAGCGGCGGAUUCCUCUAAAGGAGGGUCGAGUACCGGCAAGGGUUCUGAUUCUUCAAAACGCUCUGAAGGUUCUAGAGGUGUUGAUCCCCCUCCUAUGCCGGUUCAGAACACGCCGCCUGAACCGGUUAAAAUAACCGCCGCGGAGACAAAACCGGCACCGGUUCAGGUACAACCGGUGCCGGUUGAGGUGCCGGUUCAGGCGGUUAAGCAGGAGGGGAAUAAUAGUGAAUCAGCUUCUGGGAAUAAUGAUGAUGCAGGGAAAGCCAAGAAACCCACCCAUGUUAAAAGAGUGUCUAGUAUGGGGCUUCAAGUGGAAUCUGUGUUGGGUAGAAAAACAGAAAAUUUGAAGGAUUUUUACAGUUUGGGGAGGAAGCUUGGACAAGGGCAAUUUGGUACAACAUUUCUUUGUGUGGAAAAAGGGAGCAACAAGGAGUUUGCUUGCAAAUCAAUUGCAAAGAGGAAAUUGACAACACAGGAAGAUGUUGAGGAUGUGAGGAGGGAGAUUCGGAUCAUGCACCACUUGGCUGGUCACCCCAAUGUGAUACAAAUCAUUGGGGCCUAUGAGGAUGCUGUUGCAGUUCAUGUUGUCAUGGAGCUUUGUGCUGGUGGGGAACUCUUUGAUAGGAUCAUACAGAGAGGGCAUUAUAGUGAAAGAAAGGCUGCUCAACUAGCCAGGUUGAUUGUCAGUGUUGUUGAGGCUUGCCACUCUUUAGGUGUCAUGCAUAGGGACUUGAAGCCUGAGAAUUUUCUCUUCAUCAACCAUGAAGAAGAAUCACCCCUUAAGACAAUAGAUUUUGGACUCUCAGUGUUCUUUAGACCAGGUGAAACAUUUACUGAUGUGGUUGGAAGCCCUUACUAUGUCGCGCCUGAAGUUUUGCGGAAGCACUAUGGUCCAGAAUGUGAUGUUUGGAGUGCUGGGGUAAUCAUUUAUAUUUUAUUGAGUGGAGUCCCCCCAUUUUGGGAUGAAACGGAACAAGGAAUAUUUGAGCAAGUUUUGAAAGGAGAGCUUGACUUUAUUUCUGACCCAUGGCCAAACAUAUCUGAAAGUGCAAAGGACCUUGUUCGAAGAAUGCUUAUAAGAGACCCUAAGAAGCGGAUGACGGCACAUGAAGUUCUUUGCCACCCCUGGGUUCAGGUUGAAGGUGUUGCUCCUGAUAAACCACUUGAUUCUGCUGUUUUAUCUCGUUUGAAGCAAUUCUCUGCAAUGAACAAGCUAAAAAAAAUAGCUAUUCGAGUGAUUGCUGAAAAUCUGUCUGAGGAGGAAAUUGCAGGACUGAAAGAAAUGUUCAAGAUGAUCGACACAGAUAACAGCGGACAGAUCACUCUUGAGGAACUGAAAAAUGGAUUGGAGAGAGUUGGCGCCGCUCUUAAGGAUUCUGAACUUCAUUGGUUAAUGCAAGCGGCUGACAUUGAUAACAGUGGUACCAUAGACUAUGGUGAAUUCCUAGCUGCUAUGCUCCAUCUAAACAAGGUUCAGAAAGAGGAUCAUCUCUUUGCAGCCUUCUCCUACUUUGACAAAGAUGGGAGCGGAUACAUUACACGGGAUGAGCUCCAACAAGCUUGUGAACAGUUUGGCCUGAAGGAUGUUCAUCUAGAUGAUAUAAUACGCGAAGUUGACCAGGAUAAUGAUGGACUCAUUGAUUACAAUGAGUUUGCUGCAAUGAUGCAAGACACUAAUUUUGGCAAAAUGGGUCUAUAGACAUGGGUAAAAUUGUGCAUACCUUCAAGCAUUAGCGAACUCUUUGUCUUGCCAAAUGAGGACCUGAUAGAUAACUUUCAGCUGGCACUUCUCUUCCAGAGUCCAAAUUAUUUCAGUGAAUACACUUGGAAAAUGUCUGAGCUUAAAGGAGAGGAAGCAUGAAAGGCCUGCUAAUAGAGUGUUUAUGUAUUUACAAGUUAUUUUAUUUUUGUUGAAUAUAAUCAAGUGCGAUAGAUCAUAGUGUUUCGUUCAGGGUCACUACCCUUUUUGGGGGGUUAAUGGAUGGAUGGUAGAAUGAUUUUUCAGCGCGUGAUCUAAUGGUCUUAUUGAGUGUUGUUUCACCCUCUAUAUCAAAUUCAGGACAAGUUUCUAAAAGGAGUGUUGAAGGACAAGCAUUAUGCCAUAAGAAUGAUAUUCCUGCUGCGCAAGCCUUGUGUCUAUGAUGCCAUUCCUUGCUAUUUGUGAGUCAAUCUCAAACCAGGUGCUCAUGCCGAAGAUCAUGUUGUAUCAACUCAUGUACUGUAUUUGCAUUCAUGUAUAGAGCUAAGUUAUCUGUAUCUUUUGGUUAGUGAUGUUUCAUUUUCACUGUAUAAACUCCAACCAGUACAUUUUUUCUUUUUUGUUUUCUUUUUUUGUAACUUCCUAUUUUUUAUAAGGACACACGGCGAUGAGUUUGAUAAGAUGCAAUGAAGUGAGCCUCUUUCAGAACUCAACAUUUGUUCACUGUCCAAUUUUGUUU